AGCCGCCGCGGCGCGCGUGGUCAGCGGCUAUGGAGGUAGCCAGGAGUGCAGACGCCAAGGUACACACUGACACCGGAACGGAGUCCAGCCCUCGAAGUCCAGUCUGCAGCCUCCGGCACUUUGCUUGUGAGCAGAACCUGCUGUCCCGGCCGGAUGGAUCUGCUUCUUUCCUGCAAGGUGACACCUCUGUCCUGGCUGGAGUGUACGGGCCGGCCGAGGUGAAAGUCAGCAAAGAAAUCUUCAACAAGGCCACACUCGAAGUGAUCCUGAGACCAAAGAUCGGGCUACCUGGCGUGGCAGAGAAGAGCCGGGAACGGCUGAUCAGGAAUACUUGUGAAGCAGUAGUUCUGGGGGUCCUCCACCCCCGAACCUCCAUCACCGUGGUGCUGCAGGUGGUGAGCGACGCUGGCUCUCUCCUGGCCUGUUGCCUCAAUGCCGCCUGCAUGGCCUUGGUGGAUGCAGGCGUGCCCAUGCGAGCUCUCUUCUGUGGGGUCAGCUGUGCCCUGGACUCUGACGGCAACCUCGUGCUGGACCCCACGACCAAACAAGAAAAGGAGGCCCGGGCCGUGCUGACCUUUGCUCUGGACAGCGUGGAGCAGAAGCUACUCAUGUCCACCACCAAGGGGCUCUAUUCCGAUGCUGAGCUUCAGCAGUGCCUGGCUGCUGCCCAGGCCGCCACACAGCACAUCUUCCGCUUCUACCGGGAAUCACUGCAGAGGCGCUACUCCAAGAGCUAAGUCAAGCCAGGGCAGCGCGCCCCUCCCACCACCACGCCCACCGCCUACAGCUACCACAAGCCAGCACCCCAUGUUGUCUCUGUCUGCCUAUGUCACUUCCAGCCCUGUAGCAACAGGGGCUCCUGUGCUGGGAUGGGGAGGAGGCCCAGGGACAUUUCUAGGCCUGGGUC